AUGUUCAAAACUCCAACUUAUUUGCCUUAACAUCUUCUUUCAUAAGUUGAAGGUGCUAGAGGGCGUAAUGAGAAAAGAAAAGCAAUAGAUCAUUAUUCUUAUGCUAUCGACCAAGAAAUAGGUAAAGGAUUCAGUAGCAGAGUUUAUAAAGGAAGAGAUGAAAGAACCUUAUAGAAUGUAGCUAUUAAAGUGAUCGACAUGAAGUAACAGAUACACACACAAUUAUUAAAAAAUGAGAUCAGAGCGUUGAAAUCAUUCAGUCACAAGAAUAUCCUUAAGCUUUUUGAUGUAUAUUAAACAGAAAAUAACACAUAUAUCAUCACAGAAUUCUGUGAUUCGGGAGAUCUAGAAAAAUUUUUAAGGAAAAAUUUGAAAAUCAAAGAACCAGAAGCUAUUAGAAUAUUAUAGGCAAUUGUUCAUGCAAUAAAUGAAAUAAAUCUUAAAGGAUUUAUCCACAGAGACAUUAAACCAGCUAAUAUUCUCUUAAGUGGGAAUGAACCAAAAUUAGCUGAUUUUGGAUUUGCUAUACCUAUUUGGUAAGCGAGGAUUUAGUAAAGAAAUAUCAAUGUAGGCACUCCUCUAUAUAUGUCGCCAUAAGCAUUAGGAGAUUAUGACUAUUCUGAAAAAGGGGAUGUAUGGGCUGUAGGAGUAGUGUAUUUUGAGAUGCUUUUUGGUAAAAAAACCCCUUUUAAUGCUCAAUCAGAAGCAGCAUUAUUAUCUAAUAUACUGAAUUAACAAUUAAUCAUACCUUAGACACCAUCAGUUUCAGAGUUGUCAAAAGAUUUCAUUAAAAAAUGCUUAUAAAAAGAUGAUUAUUUAAGAUUCAAUGUGAAAGAUAUGUUUGAACAUCAAAUUAUAUAAUCUAAACAUUUCUAUAGUUUUUUGUAGGAAGAUCCUUUCUAAGAAAUUACAAACAUUACUUCAUCCAUUAACACUUUAGUAAAAAAGAAUAAAAGAAGCUAAACUCAAUAUUUCAAAAGAAUUUCAACCAAAGAUUAUAGCACUCUUUAGAUUGAUUUAUAAGAAUAGAAUGAAAAAUGCUAAGUUUAAAAGGAAGUAAGUUCAAGAUCAUCUAGUUAAAAUUAGAUGUAAUUGCAAUCAUAAAAAAUGAAGCAUUCUUCAAAUACUUCAUAUCAAUAAACUAAUAAUAACAUUAGGAGGCAAUAAAAUUCCUAAUUAAGUGCUGAAUUUAAGGCUAACAAUGAAAUUCUGUUAUUUUAUUUAAACUAUUGUCGAUACUUAUUUAAGUUUUCAUUACAUUUAGCCAAUUCUAAAUUUUUUUAAUUUGAAUAUCGAGAUAAGAUUUUGCUAAUCUUAGGGAAAUGUAUAGUCAUAAAAAUCUGCCAAUUAUCUUAACUCAUGGAUAAAGAAAAUAAACUGGAUAAUUAUUUUUCGCUUUUGGAUUAUGAUAAGUACAAAGAAAGUGAAUAAUUUAACGAAUUUUGUUCAGCAAUUUCUGAAUAUUAAUUAAAAUAUAUGAAGCACUUUUAGAAUACCUUGGUAUAAGCUCUUAGAAAUAAUUUUCAAAUCGAUCCAAUUAUAGGUUCUUCUUGUAAUGAUUGUCUAAAUGAGAGUAAUACUGUAUAUGAGAUUGCUAUGUAUUAUAUAGACAUGGGUCUUAAUAGGCUGCUAUUGAAUUUACACUAACUAACAGGAUAGAGAUCAUCGGAUAGCAAAAGAAAUUCUGAUGUAAAAAUUGAAUAAUUUUAGCCAUAAUAAAUUUUAUUUAUUGUCGAAGGGUUGAACAACUGUAAGGAAUUAAUCUUGAUGAUUUAGUAAUGCAAAUAAGAUUACGGAAAAUUCUAUGAUAGAUUUUCAAUUGAUAGAAUAAUAGGACAGAGAGUAGAUCCAAUUAAUUAUAAGUUAACCGAAUAAUAAAUUUAGAAUUAAUUUUGA